AUGGCUGAUACAACAUUAGCGGAUAGAUUACAUGAGUUCGAAAACGACUUAUUAUUUUUACAUUCCAUGAAGAUAGAUGUCACUGGCUUUGAGCCACUUGUUUACACUAGGGAUGAGACGGAUGAUGCCCCGAAGAGUCUUUACUUCAUUUUGCCCGAGCUCAGCUCUUACCGUUUAACUAUCAAAUAUGGUGUAAAGGAAAGGCCAUUAAGAAAUUUAACCUACUAUCAAUGUGUGAUGAGACAUGGCAUUCCCGUCAGAGAGAAUACUUAUGAUAUGGGCGAAGAAGUAGUAAUCACUAGUGGUGACCAAUAUCACGAAAUCACAUUUCCCGCAGAAAAGCUUCCUGGUGGCGUACUUUCCAGGGGCAUUUAUGCUGCCUCUUCGACAUUCUUAGAAGAAGGAGAACCUAUAUUUAAAAAGGAUUGGACUCUAGAGAUCGUCAAGAAAGGGACAGUCCCAGCCAAAGGAGAUUAUUGA